GCUGUGUUUCCUCUACGUACAUUGACGUAGCUCCAAACCAGAAGCAGCAGCACAAGGUUGGUCGACACAUUUUUCCGUCUGUCGGAGUGUUUGUGUGUGUCUUUGGAGCACACACCCAGCCUGUGUUUAGUCGAGCAGCUGACAGCAGCAUCAUGGCAUCUGGAGGCCCCAUGAUGAACGGCGACCUCUCUCGCUCUUCCAGUCAGUCGGGCACGCUGGAGGAAACCCUGCAGCAGAUGAACAUCCUCAUCCAGGAGAACAGAGACCUGAAAGAGGCCCUGCGUCAGACCAACCUGACGAUGAAAGAGCGCUUCGAGGGUCUGUCUGCAUGGCGGGAGAAGCAGCGGGAGGAGCGGGACUUCCUGGAGAGCAGGCUGGAGGAGGCUCGGGGCCGCAUGGAGGCGCUAACUCUCCAAAACCAGGAGCUGAGCAGGAGAAUGGGGGAGGAUGGGAAGAAAGAAGGAGCCCCGGGAGGCUUUCUGGGGGUGUCAUUUAAGCAGAGCACAGAGCUGGAGGCCCUACGUGCCCAGGUUGCUCGCCUACAGGCAGAGAAGAACGACCUGGUGGCCAUGAACUCUGAGCUACAGCUGAAGGCGGACCAGGACUCGAACGACGACUCCUUCAUUGAGGUCAUCAGGGUCUCGGACGGAGGCGUGGACGGCAUGAACGAUAUGUGUGGUUCAGAGCACAGCAGGCGUCCAGACGUGAGCAUGACGGCCUCGCGUCUGGACAGCGAGGAGGUGACGGUCAGCCAGCUCCUGCAGUCACUGAGGAACGAGACGCAGCGGGCCGAGCGGCUGCAGGCCGAGCUGCAGUCCUCUGCUGCCAGAAUUAGAGAGCUGGAGGAGAGGAAGACUAAUGUAGAGGAAUCAACACAGACCACCCAAGCAGAGACUACAGAGACCAAAGAAGAUGCUGGGAAAGAGGACAAGGCAGCGUCUGAGGUGGAGAAUCUGAGGACUCAGAUGAUGACACUGUUCAAAGAACUGCAGCAGGCUCAGAGCAAACUAGAUGAAGCAGAAGGCAUGAAGAAGAACCUGCAGGACAGAUGUCGGGAGGUGGAGCAGGAGGUGGUCACUCUGAAGGCCCAGCUGGUGGAGAAACAGGCCGUUCAGACGGAGAACGACCGGCUGAAGCUGCAGCUGGACAGCAUGCAGUCACAGAACCUGAUGGAGCAGAGGAAGGCUGCAGAGGAGAGGAACAACCUGACCCAGCUUAAAGAUGCCUACACCAAGCUGUUUGAAGACUACAACGAACUCAAGGAGGAGAGGAAGAAGAGAGAGUCCCAGCUGGUGCAGAAGGAGCUGGUGGACCAGCUGCAAGAACAGCUGACUGCUGCCGAAACGGCCCUGGCGGCUAAACAGGACAAGAUUGAUCAGAUGAAGCAGGAGAUCUUCCAGAAGGAGAAGGAGCUGGAGACCAUAUCUGUCUUCCAGGCUCAGGCCGAAGUCUACUCCUCAGACUUCUACGCUGAGCGAGCAGCGAGGGAGAAACUCCAUGAAGAGAGGGAGCGUCUGGCCGCUCAGCUGGAGUAUGUAAAGAAGCAGAACACCCAUCUGCAGGAGGAGAUGGACUCACUGGGCCGGCGGUCGCUGAAUGAAAUGCAGAGGAGACAUGUGUCAAUGGGAGGAAGUCCACACGGAGCCGCCGCAAAUCUGGUUGGAAGAGGUACUGACUGGCAGCAUCAGGGCAAUAUUCCCGAACACGCCUGUCCCAAGUGCAAUGAGAUCCUUCCAGACCUGGACUCCCUGCAGAUCCACAUCAUGGACUGCAUCAACUAGACCACCAUCAUCACAAGCAUCCAGGACAACAGCGGCUCCAUUAGCACCUUAAUCUGAGUCUUCCUCUGCUUUUACCUCUUCUCGGAUCCCUGAGACGACACACCAUGUUCCAUGAAAAAUUCGUUCUAGGAUGGGAAUUCUUUUAAAACAGUUGGUCCUCAGUUAGUUUAAUUUAAAAAUAGUGUAUAAAGAUUUGGACUAGAACAGGAAAAAUAUUGUAAGAGACAUCUUGGAGGGUUUGGGCCCAUGUCAUCUGACACAUAGUCUGUUUGUUGCUGUAACGAAGAAGGAAAAAUGAGUCUGGAAUAUCAAACUGCACGAACACUUUGAUAAAUUGUUUGCCGCUGUCUGCCGGUGGUGCACACAUUAGGUUCAGCCUAUACAAGCAUUUGAUAACCAAAUAUUUGGUUGCUGAAGGGUUUCUUUUUUAAUUACUUUUUUAAAGUUCCUUGUCAGAUUUAAAAUUGAAUUCUUUCCAUAUUUUUUGCUUGGAAAGUAUAUUUUUGCUCGAUUGGUUUGUUGGAGUAGGUGGGGAAAAAGGAGCAUGCACCAUGUAGGCACUUUAAUAUGACAAUAUAUAUAUUUUAUUUUGACUCUGCAGAUGAUACCUGGUAAUAGAACGUAAUAUAUUUAACUUGUUAAUCAACCUGUCGCUGUAAGUGGCAGCCUUUGUAAUGUAUGCGGAGGAGGCUCCAACACCCUGUUGAUUCUGUAGUAUAAAGGACUUCUGUUCCAUGUUGUAAUUCUGUGAAUGAAAUUAAAAUCCUCUGCAAAUUUC